AUGGCACAUCCUGACAAAGGCAUUGUCUUUGCGUUGACAAAGCCGAAGGUCGAAGAAAUUGCAAACUAUUUAGAGCGCCAUACGUCCAACGUGGUCGCCCGGUAUCAUAGUGGAAUGACUUUCGAUGAGCGCAAGAAUAAUUUGUCAUUGUGGAAGUCCCCUAACUGCUCGUAUAUUGUUGCGACGUGUGGAUUGGGUCAGGGUGUGGAUUACCCGAACGUUCGAACCGUACUACAUUUUGGACUAGCCUACAGCUUGACCGAUUACGCGCAGGGGACAGGUCGGUCGGGGCCUGAUGGUAAGCCAGCAAAAUGUGUCACCAUAUACAGUGAAACAUACUUCCAGCGCUUUUCGAAGCAUUUGACAGUGGGUUCA